GAAGGUGAUUUAUUAGAAAUCAAACAAGCUGAUGCUUUCCUUUUUACAGAAUCAGUCAGGACUAGGAGUCAGGCCACCUUCUGCUCCAUAAUCAAAGCUCCUGAGCUCCACAGAGCAAACUUUAUUCGUUGCCCUAGUUCGCAUCCCCAGGUUCUAUCAGACGAAUAUAAAUACCAGCCCCUAACUCCCUAAGCUACUCGAAAAGAGAGAAAGGAUUUAAAAUGACAGAUCUGACAAACAACCAACGAAUCUACCUCUCUGCCUCCCUGGUUGCUCUCCCUCUGUUCGUGCUUUGGUCUUGGAGACAGCGCCGUUUGAACGCUAUUGAAGCCGCCGAAAUGGCCCAGACUUCUCCAAAGACUGUCGUUGUGAUCGGCGCUUCGUGGGCUGGUAUUAAUACCACACAUGGAUUGUUGAAGGAGGUUCCCAGCGCCAAAGUGGUGUUGAUCAAUCCUUCUGACGAGUUCUACUUCAACAUCGCAUCACCAAGACUCGUCAGCAAACCCGGCGAAAUCCCCAGAGAAAAAUACAUAUACCCCAUCGCUCCACUCUUUGACAAAUACCCUAACGCGAAGAAGAACUUUGAGUUUGUCCAGGGCAAAGCUACCGCCAUUGACCUCGAGGGAAAAAACGUCUCCGUUCAGGAAAGCACGGGUACAAGCCGAACCAUCGCAUAUGAUUAUUUGGUUAUUGCGUCCGGGAGCACAUCCAACGCCACCACAGGCACAGGCAGCUUCCAAGUCCCCUUCAAGCAAUCCAGCAGCACCAAAGUCGAAGCGGAACUCAAAACCGCACAGGAAACCAUCAAGUCCGCCAAGAGUAUUAUCAUCGGUGGUGCUGGUGCGGUAGGCGUCGAGUUCGCGGGUGAAUUGGCCGAGGCUCGUCCCGAUCUUGAGAUUACUCUCGUCACAAACACGGAUAAUGUCUUGUUCGGUUUGAGGGAACCUACCCGUCAGAAGGCGGCGAAGAUCCUGAAGCAAAAGAAAGUCAAAAUCCUGACUAACAAGGCUGUUACUUCUGCUGCACCGGAUUCAACUACCGGGAAAUGGACUGUUACUACAGCUGAUGGACAGACGUUGACCGCUGACAUUUAUGUCUCUACUGUCGGCGUUGUGCCCAACAAUGAAUUCAUCCCGGCCUCUUUGCUCAAUAAGGAUGGCUGGGUGGAAGUUGAUACUCAUUUCGCAUCCAAGGCUAACUCUUCAGUUUAUGCUGUGGGUGAUAUCACGCAUUACUCUGCGCGACUCGUGAGCCGUGUCGCCGGACAAGUCAGUGUUUUGAUUUCCAAUCUGAAAGCUGACAUUACCGGAAAGGGUAAGCGAGGCGUCUAUAAGACUGAGCAAUCUCUGAUGGUCGUUAUGCCGAUGGGCAAGUCGACGGGAACCGGUCAGCUGGGCAACUUCACGCCGCCAGGGUUCUUGGUGUCUUUCGUUAAGGGGAAGGAUUACUUUACAGGUUCGGGAAAGAAGUUCAUUGCUGGUUAGAUAUAUAAUGUGUAUUACUGGUCUAUACGUCAAUACCCCUGUUAUUUAAGCGUGAAUCAAUUGUUUUCUUUUUUGUUUAUUCUACCUAGGUAUUUUCUUGAGAAUAUACUAAUAACGCAACGGCUCAGCAGGCGGCGCAGUCUCCGCAGCCUUUUCUAUCCUCUCCAUGAUCUCCGGUGUCAACUUCUUCACCACCUCGACCGCCCUAACGUUCUCAAAAACCUGCUCCGGUCUCGAUGCGCCAGUAAUCAACGACGACACAUUGGGAUUUUUAAGUGCCCACGCAAGCGACAACUGCGCCAACGUAACGUUGAGUUCUUCGGCAAUCGGUUUCAGAUUCGCGACAACGGCCAGAUUCUUCUUCCACGUUUCGUUGCCCCAUGUCUUUGCGAAUUGGGUUACGUAGGCCAUCUUGCCGUCGGCUUCAGUGAGUCGGGAACCUGGUGGAGGUGCCUCGACAUUGUUGUAUUUCCCAGUCAGAAUACCCUGUUUGAGCGGCGAGAAGACGGUUAAUCCUAGCCCGUGCUCGGCGUAUAACCAUCUAUACUCCUUCUCGACCCUCUGGCGUUCAAGAAGAUUGUAUUGUGGUUGCUCAACGACGGGUCCAAUCAGUCCCAAUUUAUCAGCUAUGCGCCACGCUUCGGCGAUUUCGGACGCGCUCCAUUCUGAGGUUCCCCAGUAGAACGUUUUGCCUUGGUCGAUCAGAUAAUUGAAUGCGCGCACGAUUUCGUGCAUGGGUGUAGUUCGGUCGGGACGGUGGGCGUACACAAUGUCAACAUAAGGUAAGUCGAGACGUGCGAGGGACUGAUUCAAGCCUUCGAUGAUGUGUUUGCGUGAAAGACCGCGGUUAUUGAGUGGGUUUUCGGGGUCUUUGGCAUUAUCUUGACCAAAGUACAGCU